CCACCUCAUAACCUCUUCUUGCGCCGCCUCUCCCUAACCCCCGCGAGCAACAGUCAACUGAUAUACCUUCCAAAAACCUGAAACAGAGAAACCAUCAUGCCGGCUAUAGUCGCUCUCCCUCCGGCUUCGUUUCAUUCUAUCUCACAGAGUCUCCCCCAUGCGUACUGCAGCCCUACCCUCCAUUCAAUGUCUAUCUUGCGCCGCCUAACCCCUCGCUACCUAUCAUCACAGUCCCACCGCUUCAGAAGGCGCGUGGCUACAGUUGCCGCCGCUGUCCGGCAAGACACCACCAUAUGGACACAAGCGCCCCUAUCGGAGAUCGAGCCUGUCGCUGAGUCCCUCUUCCAUGUCACCAUCGAUGUCUCUGACUCUCCCGACGUAGCCACAUCUCAUACUCGCGCGGGCCAGUACAUCCAGCUCCGAAUUCCGGACGUAGCUAAGCCCUCGUUCCUCGCCAUAGCCUCUCCUCCUGCGUUCUCGGUAACCAAAGGUGCCUUCGAGUUCUUAGUGAAAAGUAUUUCAGGAUCGACAGCUGAGCUUCUCUGCGGGCUCAAUAGAGGGGAUGUGGUUGAACUGACCCAAGCCAUGGGGAAUGGCUUUGCAAUAGAUCAGAUCGAACCGCCGGAGAAAUACCCAACAGUUUUGAUUUUCGCGACUGGAUCAGCAAUCAGUCCAAUCAGGUCUCUCAUUGAGUCAGGGUUUAGCGCGGAUAAAAGAUCUGAUGUAAGGCUUUAUUAUGGGGCUAGAAACCUCAAAAGAAUGGCUUAUCAGGAUAGGUUUAAAGAUUGGGAAUCGUUGGGCGUAAAGAUAGUUCCAGUAUUAUCACAACCUGAUGAUAAAUGGACCGGUGAAAAAGGUUAUGUUCAGGCAGCUUUUAGUAGGGUAAAACAAAUUACUAGCCCUUUUGCCACGGGUGCUGUGCUGUGUGGGCAGAAACAGAUGACUGAGGAAGUAACCUCAAUUCUUGUAGCAGAUGGAGUCUCCAGUGAAAAGAUACUGAAGAACUUCUGAAAAAUUUACCAUAUGGGGUGUAAGGUUCAUAUUGUUGUGUUAUUAUUGAGCAAAAGUAGAAAUGAUUCUUUGGACGCGCAUUCGCAGCCUUCUUUUGAAUGAUAAAAGGAAUUGAAACGUGGACGGUGGAUCUGCUAGGGAACUUCUCUCAAUCUUUUUAUUUUCGUACUGUUGUGUUUAAUCCUCUAUUUCCUCGAUAGACGAAUGGGGAGAUAUUGUGCUAAAGCUUUAGAUAGUUGCUCUUGUUUGAACACUAAGCAAGUUGGUAUUUCAUAAUGGAAGUGAACAUUUUGAA